UUAUCUAAUUAUUUGAAUGACUAGCGCGUUAAUUGAAUGACGACAUUUAAUUGGAUGAAUAAAGGAUAUAUAGCUCUGAACUUUACACAUAUGAGUUACCUCUUGUGGGAUCAGUGAUGUGGAUGUCAAUUCGAAUGCUGGCCGUUUUGGCGUUGGCAAACUUUGGUCAUGCCAUGCCAUACGAUACGAUUAUCGUCGGUCUCGGCUCUGCCGGUGUGACGGCUGCGUCUACACUUGCGCGGGCCGGCAAGAGAGUGCUGGGCCUCGAGGCUAUGGACAGAAUAGGGGGUAGAGUGAAGACCGUGCCGUUUGGCGAUGGGCUAGUAGAGGAGGGGGCUGAAUGGAUAGAGGGUACAGAAUACAAUCGCGUGUACCAAAUGGCCAUACACAAUAAAAUACCAUUACUAGACCAGCAAUUGGAGUUCGAUGUGUACAGAUCAGAUGGGAGUUUGGGCAAUAAUACGUUGAUUUCCGAACUAGUGGCGUUCUGUCAUGAGCAAGCUGUCAAAGGGUCGGAGAAACCGUUGUCUGUUGGUGAAUUUAUUACUGGCAAAUUAAAGGAACACAUUAAAAUCAAAUAUCCCGAAUUGAAAAACAAUGAAACAUUUUUAAAGGAGUUUUUAAUCUUUAUGAAUCUCAUUGUAAAUAAUCACCAAGGUUCCAAUGAUUGGACCGAGGUUAGUGCAAAGUCGGCUUAUAAAGACUACCCUGGACCACAACAUAUCAGCUGGCAUAGAUAUGGGUAUAAAACCUUUUUUGAACUAGCUUUGAACACAUACAACAACAGACCAGGGUUGCCAAACCUAGAUAUUAAACUAAAUUCGCCCGUAAAAAGGAUUAUAUGGCCGCGUAAUAGUACCGGCAAUGUUCUAUUAGAGUGUGAAGGAGGAAAGAGUUACACCGCACGACAUGUUAUCGUCACAGUGUCGUUGGGUGUUUUAAAGGAACGACAUGAAAAAAUGUUUGAACCCGCAUUGCCAGUAGAGAAAAGGACAGUCAUAGGCAAAAUGUCUAUGGGCGUCAUGGAUAAAAUCGUUUUGAAAUUAGACAAACCAUGGAGUGACAAGAAAUUAUUGUUCUUCAGCUUCCUAUGGAGGUUGGAAGAUAUAGCAAAAGUGUCUAAGCAAGAUCAUUGGAUAACUAGAAUUAUCGGAGCUAGCAACCCUAUUGGUUCAAAUAAUACGUUAACUCUAUGGACUAGUGGGGAUGAGAGCAAAAUGGAAACAUUACCAGAUGAGGUCGUGAAACGAAAAUGUAUGGAUUUAAUUCGAAAAUUUAUGGGCAAGAAGUAUAAUAUACCAGAAUCAACCGAAAUGCUAAGGUCAAAAUGGUAUAGUAACCCGUACACACGGGGCAGUUAUACCUUCGAUAACUUAAACACUCCAAACUAUCCUCACGCAAGAGAGACCCUAGGAGCCCCAUUGCUGGACUCAUCCGGAACACCGAGAGUUUUGUUCGCGGGAGAAGCGACAGACCCUAUACACUUUUCUACGGUAGCUGGAGCGAGUGACACUGGGUAUAGGGAAGCUAUGAGAUUAUUAACGAGUAGUAAAAUGUGAAUAAAUGUUUUGUAAUUAAUA